AUGUCCUGGGGCGGAGAUGGACAAGAUCAGUGGGGAAAUGGAUCUGGCUAUGGUGGCUCUGGCUAUGGCGGCUAUCGUCGCAGAGGUCGUGGCUCUUUUCCGCAACCCCAGCCAGCUCAUGACCCUUACGAGGUCAAGCUGCCAAACUGGCUGGAAUCGGUCAUGACUUGUGAAGGCGAUGCUCGCUGGUCCUCCAUCAUUACGUUGGACACCCGUAACGCUCGCAUGGUGUCGCCUUUUCAGGCGUGGUUGGUCAAAGAGAUUAUGACCAACUCCGCAAGUUCCAUCAAUGUCCUCACCGAACGUGAUCACGUUAUGCCACCUACAUCGGGCUACCAUUUGUCGCUUUUUGCGAACUACACACUCGAUGGUCUCAAGGCUGCGAUUGCCAUCUCGGUGGACUCCAACACAGGAGUUCCGCGUAGAGGCUGGGACACUGAGACAGCAAGAAUGCUCGCUCACGAGGCUUUUCAGCCCUUCAGCUGGCCAGUUCUUCGGGACAGCUCCCCGAGCUACACCGACGUGAAGAUCUACAUUGGGAACGAGAUCUUGUUCCACUGGAUUUUCCGCGGGUUCAGGGCGGACACCGACCUCUCGGUCCAGCAGCAGUUCGCGGAUGAGUUCUUCAUUCGCUGGCGCGUCUCCAUUUUCUCCUUCGAGUGCGGAGGUCAGAUGUACAGCGUUGGUCCGAAAGGCACUGUCGUUGCUGGAGAUUCGGCUCGCUCGAGGUUCGAGCUCCGUGUCUGCGAUCGCGCUUCUCUGGAUGCGAUCGGCAAUGAUGCGGACAGAGUGGAAUUUCGCUAUCCCGAUGCCAAUAACAGGAUUGAUGUGAAAUGUGCCAGGACCUCAGUUCCCUCCACCUGGCUCGUGGUAUCCCACAUCAGUGGGCCGACCCUCAUCCAGAGGAUCGGCCGGGAAGCGGAGAGCAAGCUCUUCGUGCGGGAGCCAGGCGUGGUGCCUGUGGCGGCGCUUGAUGCCAUGUCCCACGAAGACGCUGUGGGACGUCAAGUUCCUCGAGGACCGCCAGCUCUCUCCAUGGAGGUAUGGUUUUCGGCAGCUCAGGAGGCAGGGAUCGCCAUCAUGGAUCAGGCUUCCAGCUCGACCGUGGCGGUCCAGAACCACAACAAGAUGGAAAUGGAGCAGCGCGUGUUCGGCACCAUCAACACCACGGUCGUGGAGGGCGGCUCGGAUGCCUCAGAGCAUGGUCACGUGGCAGACCCCAAUCUGGACGCAGCCAGAGAUGAUCGAACUUUCGCUCGAGCCGCCAACCUGUUCGACUUUGUCCUCCUCGUUCAGAUCACUUUCUUCACCUGGGCACCCCGUGCGGCGCGUGCAGCAUUGCUCGCGCCCGACCCAAUAGACCACCUGGACGGCGCUCCUCAGAGCUUCCAUUGGGCUUGCCAGACAUCAUGGGCGCGCUCUGGUGGCAUCUGUGGCUGGGCAACGAGUUCUUGGCGCGUCCUGCUGUUUGCUGCCGUGGUCCAGGCUGGCGGCGAUGCUUCACUCGAAAAUCCUCUCUCGAGCCUGAUGUGGAAAGUGCCUUGGGUCGUGGCGCUCGCCAAGGCCCUGCAUCUCUACGAGGUCGACAUGGGUCAAUGCGAAUACGGGGCAGCCUCAAUGAAAGCGACUCGAUUUUUGGCGAGCCACGCCUUGUUCAAGCGGUGGGCCAGAUCUUGCCGAGGUGACCAUGCUCACGCCCCCCUCAAAGGUCUCGUUCGGGAUGCUCGUGGUCGAAAGGUCUUUGCGACGAAGCUCGCUCAAGUCUACCCCCCUCGACUUUGCAAGGCUGUUUUCGCCGUGGUCAAAGGCAACCUCCCGCAGAACGCUGAGUCCUUUCAGACUUUCAGUUGCAAGGUCCUGAUGCCGUUCGUAAACGACCAGUUGGCUACGUUCGACAUUGGCAAGAACAUCGACAACAUCAAGCAGCUCGCUUGGCCGCAGCAGCAGGCCAUCAGCUGA